GGUGUUGAAAGUGGUUAAAAACAAUUGUGCAUUUAUUAAUAUUCAUUGAUGAAUUUAAUUACUACUGUGCCAUUUCAAGAUUCAAAGAGACCUUUCUUCUCUCCUCUCUCUCUCUUCUUGCUUUGUGUCACAAUCAAUCCAUAAUGAUUGACUUUCUCUCUCCUCUCUCUCUCUCUUCUUCUAAUAACUCUUUCUCCCAUUCAAGUUUCUCAUCAAGUUUGUUUGCUGAAUGCAUUCAUUAAUUUGAUGUAGUAUUCAAGUUUUCGAUUAGUACGGUGCAAAAGAGCGAUCGAUCGAACAUGUCGCGUAAUCUCUACGAACCACGCUCGCUUUUGUCGUUGCCGGACGAUAUAUUUUCCGUAAUAACAAACUUCCUCUCUCCGAAAGAUGUAUGUCGUCUUGGCCUAGGUUGUCCACUUCUCAACUCUGUUCUAUCGUCGGACAAAGUAUGGAUUGUCCAAUGUAAUAAACUAGGCCUAAUCCCGUUCACCGCUCUCGUCGAGUGGAGAAACGGAGUUUGUUCUUACAAAUCCCUCUGUAAAUUCUUGGUGAAUAUUCGUCCGUUGAUCGGUAUUUGGGUCCACCAGAACCCCGAGCUAGGCAAUGUAGUCUAUGUUAUGCCCGGUUUUUUAUCGGUCGUCGGAUGUCGGAUAAUCCCGCAAGUGGCGGACGGUCCGAUUUUGUGGACGCCUGUCUUCGAGAUCCUCUGCGACCACGUGGGGUCCACUUCGUUUUUCUUGCACGGGAGGGAGCGAGGAGACGACUGCAUUUACCCCGGAUUGUUAAAAUCGGUCGAGAGGAAGUGUAACGUUCUUUCGCUCGAGGCGUCGUGUGAAAUGACCGAAAUGCCCUUCAGCCGUUUGGAAUCCGACGAUAGGGCGAGGCUGCUCGAUGUUGUUACUAGAGAAAUCGGGAAUAUUCUUCCGGAAGCAUCAAAUGUGGUAUUUUUUCCUCGCUCGAGUAGCGAUUUCGAAGUCCUGCACGAGAGGAGGUUGUCGCUUUUACGAAUGUAUGAUAAGCGUGGUGGAUUGAGUUUACGAGGUGUGAAUAUGGAAUUAGAUCGUUAUCUAGCGUGGCCUCGUAUGGACAAAAGUCAAUCGUCUCUCUACAAGUUGACUAUCGAGAAGUCAACGCGCGAGUACGGUGGUUUAUGGGGAGGGACUUUUGGUUGGCCGCCGUCUGCCGAAAAGCCAGGUGGCGCCCUCUUCUUGAUCUUGAUCUCUUAUGAAGAAUCGAAACAACUAAUGAUUGGUACCAAGAUAUUAGAAGGUAACUCGUACGUUUGCUACCCUAAUGGAUCGGCUAUGUUCAUCGUGAACGCAGAUCAAUCAUCGGAGGGAAUAUUCCCGUUUCACGAAGGAUCUGAUCCUAUUGAAGUUAAGGAGUCGUUUAGUGGAGAAGGCAUUGCGAACGGCUAUGGUAUGAGAUUACCUAAUUGGGAAAGCGGGUCGCUUUUCGUUCUUGAAAAUGGAUUGCUCGUUUUUUUAUGGGAGGAGUCAAGGGAAGUAUUGACUUUGAAGAGGCUCGAUUUGGGGGAGCUUUUAACGAGAGGGGAAAGAGUGAAUUCUUUGUCGCCGGUUUCGAAUUUUGCGUAUUUGACAAAGACGUACACGAAUGUUUACUCGGGAUUUUGAAAAUUUCUUGAAAUAGCUCUAUUUUUUUUUCCAGUACAAUCAUAGUACGGGUGUGUACGAAUUCGACAAAUCAUCGUAAAAUUUUUAGCGUCUGCUGUUCGUCUAUAUGUGUACAUUUAUGCCAAUGCUAUUUUUGUGCAUUUUGCGUUUUUUUUUUAUACCCCGAUUUAUUAUUGAAAAAUCGCCGUUUAUGG